UUCGCUAUCCACUCCCAACCAUGCAUGUCGACACGUCCACCUCGCGAGGUUAUAAGAGACAGGCUCAAACGGAGUCAGAGGACAACAGAAACUCGAACAACUGAUCGCACCAUCUACCUCCCACACUCGACCCAUCGAUGUCUCCUACAUACUCCUCAUUCGCAGUGAUUGGUGCUGGCACUAUUGGUGGCCCUAUCCUCGCCGCCCUGGCCGCCCAGCCGUCCGUGAAAGUCAUCCUCCUCUCCCGCGGCGCGUCCACAUCCAAGACGGUCCCAGCGAGCGUCGAGGUCGUGCAAGUCCCCUCGUACGACGACGUGACCGCCGUCGCCGCUGCACUCAAGGCGCACAACGUCGAAGUGAUCGUGUCCACGCUGAACACCGUGGCUCUUCCAUCUCAACUCUCUCUCGCGGAUGCAGCGAAGCAGGCCGGUGUCAAGUUGUUCUUGCCGUCUGAGUUUGGCUUUUCGACGGAGGGAGCCACCGAGGGGUUGUUGGGCGCGAAGCAAAAGACCGUCGACAAGCUCCAGACCGUCGGCGUGCCCUACUUCCGCAUCUUUGUCAGUGCUUCUGGGCUCUCCCCUGCUUCAGAUCCUGAUGCGAACCUGCAGACCGGAUUGUUCAUCGAGUUUGUGCCCUGGGCCGUGAACUACAGUGCCGAAGCCAAGAAGCUGUACGUGGUCGGCAAAUCGGAGGGCGCCGUGUCCGUCGCAUCCAUCGCCGAUAUUGCCGGCUAUCUCGCACAUGUCCUGACGCACCAACCCACCGCUAUCCUCGAGAACAAGAUCCUGCGUAUCGAAGGCGACCGUAUCCCGGGUUUCCGGUCCCUUGGUCCGCUCUUCGGCGCCGAGGUCGUGACGGUCGAAGCGAUGGAAGGGGCUGACUUCAAGGCAUUCUUGAUGAGCCUUGCUGACCAGGGUGUCGCAACUACAGGCUACGGCGUUGAAGGCGUUUCUGAUGAGGAGGCUUCCAAGAGCGGCAACGCACUGUGGGCGGGACACCAGUGGAAGACAGUCAAGGAUGUUUACGGUCACUAGUCGACGAAAAACGCCUAUUCGAUGUUAUCUCACGUGAUAUUCUUCACACAACCACGGAUUAUUCUAUGACGUACUU